AUGACCGACGGGCACAGUGCCCCUCCUGCCGAUGCACCGGCACCUGCAGCAGCAGCGGCCGACGCUGCUGCUCCUGUUCCCGCUGACGUGCGCUCGCACGCUGUUCACCACGACGCGGCUCAAAACCACCAAAAGGAGCAGGACUCCAUUGGCCGUAUGACCCCGCGACCGACUUUUUUGGAACAUCUCGCCACCUCGAGAGACUCGCAAUUCCAUCUUGACCGACGGGAUUCGAGUGAAUUGGACCGAUAUUUCCAUGGUCCCCGUAAUAUGGAAAAGCACUCCAAAUGGCCCAUCAUGAUGCGGAUGCAUGGCAGUGUUAUGCCGAAGAUGAUUCUUCCACUUCUGACUGUGGCUGUUUGGUCGACUGCUAUCACUAUCAUUUCGAAGAAGGUUCACAACCUUGGAAUUAACAACAUCCUUCUCACCGUGCUGGGUUUCGUGGUGGGUUUGGCUCUGUCGUUCCGCAGCUCGACUGCAUAUGAGAGAUGGGCCGAUGGACGUAAAUACUGGGCUCAGCUCAUCCAGACCUCCCGCAAUCUUUCACGUGUUAUCUGGAUCAACACUGGCGAAAGAGAAGGAGAGGAAGGCAAAGAUGAUAUCUUGAGGAAACUAUCCGCAAUGAACCUCAUUCUAGCUUUCGCCGUCGCUCUCAAGCACAAGCUCCGCUUCGAGCCUGAUAUCGCCUACGAAGAUCUUGCCGGUCUGGCUGGACACCUCGACACCUUUGCGCGUGAUGCUCAUGACCGCAUGGUCGUCAACCCACCAUCAAAGACCAUUUGGAAGUCGGCAGGCGAGUACCUCGGUGUUUCCUUCGCGGAGUCCAAUCCUCGCAAAUAUGUCAAGCGAUCCAAGAAGCCCCUGGGUCAUCUGCCCCUGGAGAUCCUCAGCCACAUCUCCGCAUACAUUGACUCUUGUGUUGCAAACGGUACCAUGGUGUCGACUCUCCACCAAGGACAAGCCAUCACCAUGGUCAGUACACUGAACGAAGUUUUGACGGGUAUGGAACGUGUGCUGGACACUCCUUUGCCCACUGCCUACAGCAUCGCCAUUGCACAGAUCUCAUGGAUCUACAUCCUGGUCCUUCCUUUCCAGCUCUACAACGCUCUUGUCUGGAUUACUAUUCCCGCCUCCAUUGUGGCCGCGUACAUCAUUCUCGGCCUGGCCACAAUUGGAAGCGAGAUCGAAAACCCCUUCGGUCAAGACGUCAACGAUCUCCCUCUUGACAGUUACUGUCGCCAGAUCGCUUUGGAGAUCGAUAUCAUGACUGCCACUCCCCGCCCGAAUGUCGAUGACUUCAUGGCACGCGCGGAUAACCUUGUUCUGUUCCCGCUCAGUCAGUCAGGAUACCCUGACUGGAAGGAGCGCAGUCUUGAGGAUAUUCGCGGGGCGCUCAGGACUAAAGUUGUCGUGGGCCCGUCGACUGCGGGCUCGGAUAGCUCUACUCUUGUAGAGAAUAUCUCUACCAAAAAUAGUGGACAGUCUGUAUAA